AUGGCAGACUUGUUUGGUAGCAGCAGCGGCGGCAGCAACAAUAACAACAACAAUAGCAGCAUUCCCAAGAACCAAAACAAUAAUCACAAUAGCAACGACAGCCUGGGACGUCAUCUCCGACCCGACAGACCACCGACAGCCGCGACACCAACCAACCAAGCUGAUCUGUCUGCUCCCGCUGCCGCUGUCUCUUCCGCCGCCGCCACCGCCGCCGUGACAACCUCAGCCUCGUCCGUGUCUCCGAAACCGACCAAGCGGUCCUCGGCAACGACAUGUGUCACCUGCCGUGCCCGUAAGGUCCGCUGCGACGGUCGCCGGGACAUCUGUAGCAACUGCGAACGUCUCGGCUUCUCCUGCACUUAUGAGGACCCCAACUCCGAUCCCAAUGGCUUAUCGUCUGCCCCUUCAUUCCCCUUGCCAAGACGUCGUGUCCGUCAAGCCUGUGAGAGCUGUCACUCUCGUAAGGCUCGUUGUAGCGGCGACACCCCGGCUUGCGUACGGUGCCGUGCCCAGGGCCUCGAGUGUGUUUAUCGGGCAUCCAAACGGGCUCGCCUGAGCAUUCACCAUGCUCCCCGUGUCGAUGCCACCCUGAGAUCGCCGACGACAUCAUCAUCAGCAACAGCCGCCCGCGAGCAGCACACCCGCCGCUCUCAUUCGAGGGAAGAUGCUGCCCAUGACUCAGAUGCCGGCGCUGCUGAAGCCGUCGCUUCCAACACGCCGAGCACUUUUAACCAGGAGCUCUCCGUCUCUGAUCCUCAAUUUGAGUCGCUCAUUAGCCGUGCUCUAGACAACUUCUUCCGUCAUGUUCAUCACAUUCCCAUGCUGUCCUUUUUGCAUCGAGCCUCUCUCAUGCAGCGCCAUCACGCUGGUCGUCUAGACCGGCCGCUCCUGCUUGCCCUCAUCGGCAUAACCAGUAUGCUUACCGACCUGGGCCCGGGAACCAGAGAGUAUGGCGAAAAGUGCGUCGACGAAUCCGAGACUCUGAUCUUGAAGAGUUUGGAGAACCCUUCCACCAUCAAAGUUCAAACUCUCGCUCUCAUCAUCAAGUACCGCAUCUUGAAUCGCCGCUUCUCCAGUGCCUUCGUCCUUGCGGCUACGGCAGCCAGAUUCGCCAUGGCCCUACGUCUUAAUCAUGAAAACAACGACUUGUGUUUCUUGGCCCAGGAGUCGAGACGUCGCCUCAUGUGGGCCUUGUUCAUGAUCGACCAAGGCAUGGCUGGGGGUUACAGAGAUCUCACUCUGUGGACGCCCGAGCUCAUUCACAUUUCUCUUCCGUGCAACGAGAGAGACUUUGAGUUCGACCUGGCGCCACCAUCGAUGCGGAGUCUGGUUCCCAGCCCCGACGAGUCCGAAAACGAUGAUAUCGGCAGUCUAGCAUUGCACGUCCGUAUUCUUUGGGUCCGCGGCAGGAUCCUCAAGUUCGCCAAGAGAGCGGCGGCUUGUUCGAACGACGAGGAUCUGGGUCGUUUGCGAGAUCAACUACAGUCUUUCGCCAAGGAGCUCGCUGAAUUCGCUGAAAGACUACCCGUGUCGUUCCGAUGGUCCGAUAACAGCUUGCGGCUGCGAGCAUAUUCACCAAGACUCUGCGUCUUCAUUAUGAUACACAUCUGGUGGCGUCAAUGCCACUGCGACCUCUACCGUCUGGGCCUGGUGGGACUCCGGGACUCCCUGUCACGUUCGGCCGCAGAACGGCUGGGACCGGACUUCAUCUCUGGAUGCCAACGGCAGUGCUUUGAGCAUGCGCUGGAGAUGUCCAACAUGUUCACCUCCAUCAAGCAGCUCGAUCAUUACCCUGUUGCGGACUUGGACAUGCCGGUCUGUGCCUACCAAUGUGUUCGCAUGUUGUAUUACAUCUACCACCUCAACGCGGAUGAAUACAGUCUCACACCAGACAUCCUUCGCAAGAAGGCCUCCAUCUGCCUUGAAGUGACCAAGGGCUGCUGUUCAGGGACGGCGGCGGUCUCUAUUCAAUCUGAUCUCCAGCGUCUCAUGGACCACGGCCUUUCAGUACAGGUCACACCGAGCCGACUCGCCAGCGAAGAGCCGCACGGCGCGACAAACGGCACCGGACCCAAGCGCGUAUCACGGCUUGGCCGCGCGAAGCAGGUGCAGCUGGUGGACGACCCGGACAGCGGGGCGCCCGCCGCCGACGAGCUCACGAAUCGGCCAUUUGGUAUCGGCGCCUGGGAAGACAUUCAGGUUCCCGAGUCCGAGAAACCAGACGAGCCGGCACCCAUGCCCCCGCAACACGCUGUGCAGGGCUCGCUCGAAGUCAACAACGCGUUCGAGGGCGCGUUGGACAGUCUCGACUUCAACAUGGAACCGAUGGGACUGGAUUCACUGGCCUGGUUUUCCAAUGAAUGGGCCCAAGGCGACUUUCAGACAGAGUUUUAA